AUGUGUAAUCCACAUCACAUGGUUGACGAUUUGUCCAAAUACCAUAUUUAUGUGGGAAAUUUGGGACAAGAUGUAAAUGUAAAUCUAUUCACGAUGUUCGAAGAAUACGACCCGAUUGGGCAUCGUUUGAUAAUGAGCGACGGUGAAAGUCGUGGAUUUGGAUUCGUGGCUUUUCAAGGGUUAAAAAAUGCUAAAAAAGCCGUAAAAGCAAUGCAUGGCAAGACUCUUCCUAAUGGAAAUACUCUGUGCAUUCCCGAGAAUAAGCGCAAGCAUAACAUGUUUGAAGAAUUAAUCAGGAAAAGUCGUAUGAAGUCGCAGCACUUAACAAGUUACCGCAGAUUGAGUCUGUACGUGAAGAACUUGGAUGACACAAUUGAUGACGAACGCCUGCGCAAGGAGUUCGCUCCGUAUGGUACAAUCACUUCCGCCAAGGUGAUACUGGAUGAAGGCCGCUCGAAGGGCUUCGGUUUCGUAUGCUUCUCGGCGCUGGAUGAAGCCACGAAGGCGGUAACGGAAAUGAACGGGCGUAUUGUCGGCAGCAAGCCACUCUAUGUGGCGCUAGCCCAGCGCAAGGAGGAGUGCAAAUCGCAUCUGGCUAGCCAGUAUAUUCAGCGCGUAAAUAGCCUGCGUAUGCAGCACAUUGGGCAGGUGUAUCAGCAGGGUGGCACAGGCAAUCAAAAUGUGGCUGGUCCGUCGAAGUAUCAGCCCAAAAAUCCUUCUGCCAUCGAGACGCGAGAGUUCGAAGGAACGAGACAGCUGUGA